AUGGCUCGCACUACUCUUUCGCUCGCGCUAAUUGCAACUGUUGCUGCCGUCGUUAACGCUCGACCAGAAUACGCCAAUCGCAUUCCAAACGGCAACAACGUGGAAGGCAUAAAGGCUGUAGGUCACGUAAACACAGAUGGUGGCGGUCAAAACAACCAGUUUGGAAAAGAUUUCAAGGAUGUUGGUGAAGUAUGGACAGUAGAGCUUUGCGUGAAAGACUCGGACGAUGAUGGUCAAACUAACGGCCAGGAACUCGGUGAUCCGUGCUGUGAGAUUUCUUUUGACAAAGACGCUCCACCCCGCUGGACCGUUGGCGUCUCACACCCUGGUAAUGCGACCCUUAUGUCGGACGAAUCGCUAUGGUCCGGGAUCGUCUGCCCCACUUUUUCCCCCACGGACUCGAUUGCGAACCCCCCGGCAAUGUUAGAGGGCUACGGGGAGAAAUCUGAAUCGGGUAGUGGUUCUGUGUCCGAAACCGAUAGUGUGGGUACUACGACCAAUACGAAUUCCACGACUGAUAGGGCUACCACUGCGCCUGUACCAGCUUCACCAAGUGCGACAUUGACAAUGAGUCGUACUGUCUACUGUGUUGCUGGUAUUGCCACUGCUGUUGUUGCUUAUUUGAUGUAA